UCCACCAAGGAGAGAGCCGAUACAACAACACGGUUGAUCUGCUCAAACACAAAAAAUCUACCUGCUCUCUGAAUCAUGUCGUUGAGCCCAAAGCACACUACGCCUUUUUCAGUGACAGAUAUUUUGAGUCCAAUCGAGGAGACCUACAAGAAGUUCAGUGGCAUGGACGGCGCAGGGAACCUAACCUCUCCACUGGGAGCCUACCGACAGCAGCAGGUGUCUCAGACCGGCAUGCAGCAGCACUCCAUGGGCCACAACGGCUCCGUGGCCGCCACGUACCACAUGCCGCACACCGUCUCCCAGUUCUCCCACAGCGCCAUGGGGGGAUACUGCAAUGGAAGCAUUGGCAACAUGGGAGACCUCCCGUCGUACCAGGAAAGCAUGCGGAAUAGUGCAGCAGCAACAGGGUGGUACAGCUCCAACCCCGAUCCCAGAUACUCCACAAGUAUGAACAUGACCGGCAUGGGGAGUCUCACAGGAAUGGGUGACGCCAACAAAUCCAUGCCAGUUCUCCACUCUGCGCCCAGGAGGAAACGGCGCGUCCUGUUCUCGCAGGCUCAAGUGUACGAGCUGGAGAGGAGGUUUAAGCAGCAGAAAUACCUGUCGGCGCCGGAGAGGGAGCACCUGGCCAGCAUGAUCCACCUGACACCGACUCAGGUGAAGAUCUGGUUCCAGAACCACCGGUACAAGAUGAAGCGCCAGGCCAAGGACAAGGCGGCGCAGCAGCAGCAGCAGCAGCAGCAACAGGACGGUAACCUGUGCCAACAGCAGGCGCAGUCUCCGCGGCGCGUCGCCGUGCCGGUUCUGGUGAAGGACGGGAAACCGUGUCAGAACGGCUCCAACACGCCGACGCCGAACCAGCAACAGGUUCAGCAGGGCCAGCAGCAGAACCAGCAGCAGCAGAACGGAGCGGGAGUGGUGCUCGCAUCCUCGGCCGGCAGCCUCAGCCAGCAUCAGAGCCAGCAGCAGGUGAACGCUUUGGAGCUGGAGGAGAUGUCUCCCAGCCCCCCCUCACUGCACAGCCAGCUAAACAUGGCCCAGAUAGACACAUCUGCUGUAGAUUACACCAGUAACAUGGUCAGCUCAAACCUCCUCUACGGCAGAACGUGGUAGGACCUAAUACACAGUACUGUCACUUUUUUAUGUCAACCUGCGGACGAGCCCGUGAAAGAGCAAUACACACACAUAUAUAUAUAUGUAUAUAUACACAAAUAUAUAUACAUACAUAUAUAUAUACAUAUAUAUAUGCAUACAUAUAUAUAUAUUUGUAUGUGUGUAUUCGAGGGGCCUUCUAUGGUGUUGGAGGGGACAACAAGGCGCACAGACAGAGGCGCACCAGCUGAUCAGGGCACAUUUUCUUGACAUCUCUGAGAGGGGAGUCUAUUUUUGAACAUUACAGAAAUGGCUGCCCUUGAAAGCAGUUAUGUCAUUUCUGGACCUUUUGUAAUCCAUGUUUUGGACCUUCCUCAUGAUGUUUUAAACGUGUAGUCCAUGUUGUUCAAACAGAAAGGAAUGCUGCUUCACUUGAGUUCGGACUGGACUGGAGGUGGGGGGCUGUGGGAUCAGGUCUGAAGUACACUAUAAGCCCCCACUCCUCAUUUGCGGUGAUAACCUGGUAUUUUAUCAUAUUAAUAUUGUAAACUAAUGUAUUCAUUUAGACUUAUUGAAUAAAGUAGGGACUUGUAUAUUUGGCUA